AACUCUUACCGUUCAACUCGAUCACUUCACUUCGCACUCGUCAGCUCAUAAACCAAACAGAGAGCUCACCGGCUUAGCACAGAGAGGACAGAGGGGAGGCAAUCAAGGAUGCUGCGGAACCCGGCGUCGGAGGCCUUGGUGCUGGACAGCAUCAGGCAGCACCUCCUGGAGGAGCCGCGCGGCGCGGCGAUGGCGGCGGCGGCGGCGGAGGGGAAGGGCUCAAGCGGGGCGCGGCCGGCGUACCGGCGGAGCACGAGCUUCGGGAGCCUGGUGGCGGACCAGUGGAGCGACUCGCUCCCGUUCCGCCCCGACGACUCCGACGACAUGGUUGUCUUCGGCGCGCUGCAGGACGCGUUCGCCUACGGCUGGCUGCCCGACGGCUCCUUCGUGCAGGUCAAGCCCGAGCCGCUGCCGUCCCCGGACUCCUCGUACUCGUACGACGGCUCGUGCUUCGGCGUCCUGGAGCCGGAGCCGCUGACGCCGAGCACAGAGGAGGGGGUGACGCCCAAGAGGGAGGAGGCAGCAGCGGCGGUGGCGAGGGGCAAGCACUACAGGGGGGUGAGGCAGCGGCCGUGGGGCAAGUUCGCCGCGGAGAUCCGGGACCCGGCCAAGAACGGCGCGCGCGUGUGGCUCGGCACGUACGACACCGCCGAGGACGCCGCGCUGGCCUACGACCGCGCUGCCUACCGCAUGCGCGGCUCCCGCGCGCUCCUCAACUUCCCCCUUCGCAUCGGCUCGGAGAUCGCCGCCGCCACCGCCGCGGCCGCAGCCGGCGACAAGCGGCCGUCGCCCGAACCCGCGACCUCGUCGGACUCGUCCUUCUCAUCUUCAUCUUCUUCCUCCUCGUUGUCCGGCUCGCCGAAGAGGCGGAAGCGAGGCGAGGCUGCAGCCGCGACCAUGGCCAUGGCCCUGGUGCCCCCGCCUUCCCAGCUUAACAGGCCGGCGCAGUCAUGGUUCCCCGCCGCGCCGGUCGAGCCGGUGGCGAUGGCGCCGCGCGUGGAGCAGCUGGUCAGCUAGGCGCCGAUCGAAGCUCAUGUCAGCGACCGGGUGCGGGUGACAAUGAGGUGUGCAAGUGCAAUGAUGGAUUGACGACCAGCAAGGUGCAAGAACAGGACAAGACCCAGUGUUGCACUUGCACGGUGCACGACGGACAACGCAUGCGACGGAGAGCGCACGACCCAGUGAAAGCUCCACCGGAUGGAAUGCGAUAAGGUCGAAGCGAUUGGGUGGUGCAGUUGGAAUUGGGAUCCAGACGGGCUCCGGAUGGUGCCGUUGCUCGGUGCAACUCGCCCAAGUGGAAGAACCUGUAUGAUUACCAAGUGUUUGCCUGCGAAUUUACGGUGCCUAAGGUUAUUUCAUUCAGUACUGGCGUCGCCGUCAGAGUGGUGUGGUGAAUGUGAUAUCUUGUGAGGAUGAGAGUAAGGGCUCGUUUGCCAAAUUUCAGAUUAUUUCUCUGAUGAA